AUGUGGCAAAUUCAAUCGGCCCUUCGAAAGUAUCCACCGACGAGUCCGCCCGUAUUUAUGAGCUUGUCUGGAUGUGGAAGAGCCGGAACAUUCGCAUUUUUCGAGAACGCCCAUGCUUCUUUGCACAGCGAAUCGCCCCGAUUGGAUAUGGUCAAGUGUUUGGAAAAGAUCCGCGACAAGAGAAUCCACGCGUGCCAAACUCUUCCACAAUUUUCGUUUGUCUACACUCUUCUAGCCGAACACAUUUUGGAUAAUGGAUUCUGUAAAUUGGUGAUUGAGAAGAAGAAGAAUGAGAAGGAGGAUGGAAAAGAAGAGGAUCAAGAUCCAGCGAUGGUGUCGAAAGCGAUUCUUCGUCAGAUGACUAUUCAGAAGUGUCCUUAA